ACCACUGAAAUUUGGUCGUCAAAGUUGCAUAUCCCCAUACUUCUCUUUUUCUUCUGAAUUUUCCACCUUCUAGAAAUGUAUAUUAAUAUGAUACGUUAUGUUGAAUUGACUAAUGACUACGAUAUUGCAAUAUAGUCGUGAAACCAUGAAAGCUUUAUAAAGGCACUCAAAUUCUAUGCGUAUUAAUUUUCGUUCCCUAUUUUUUUUCAAUUAAAUUCUGCCUAGAGUUUAAUUCUUUGGCGUGAGAAAGCUCUGCAAUGGGAAAUCAGAAGAAAUUUCCAGGCAUAAGUGAGGUAUUGCAGAAUAUAUUGGAUGCAGAUAUGGACAACGUGGAUGCCAGACGUCGUGCUAGGGAGGCAUUUAAAGAUAUUCAGCUUUCAAUUGAUCAUAUCUUGUUCAAGGUGCCACGUGCUGGAUUGAAGAUGGAGGAGUCUUAUGAGGUUAAUUCCGGAGGGCUGGAAAUCUUCUCCAAAAGUUGGCUUCCGGAGACACGUCCCAAAGCUGUUGUCUACUUUUGUCAUGGUUAUGGGGAUACAUGCACAUUUUUAGUUGAAGGUAUAGCAAGGAAAUUAGCAUCUUUUGGUUAUGGAGUAGUCGCGAUGGAUUACCCUGGAUUUGGUCUUUCAGAAGGUCUUCAUGGCUAUAUCCCAAGUUUUGACAAGCUGGUCGAUGAUGUUAUUGAGCAUUAUUCGAAAGUUAAAGAAAAGCUAGAGUUGCAUGAUCUACCAAGCUUCCUAUUUGGGGAAUCCAUGGGUGGAGCUAUAGCUUUGAAAGUUCACCAGAAGCAGCCUAAUGCUUGGAAUGGUGCUGUUCUUGUGGCACCUAUGUGCAAAAUUGCAGAUAACAUGGUUCCGCCAUGGUUAGUAACACAAAUUUUAAUUGGCGUCGCAAAGUUCCUCCCAACACAGAAGCUAGUUCCGACGCAGGAUUUGGGAGAAUUGGCAGUCAGAGAUGCAAAGAAGAAAGAACUGACUGCCUAUAAUAUCAUCUCUUACAAACAUAAACCCCGUCUACGGACCGCCCUGGAGUUACUGAAUGCCACCCAAGAGAUAGAGAGUCUACUGGAAAAGUAUAGCAGUUGCUCCAUGGUCAGAAUUUAUUGUCCUGUUUUUGUAUUUAAUGAGGUUCUAAUUGUUUCUUGAUAUUAUAUAAACUGUUUUUUUUACUUUAUAGUUCAUUCUAGCUGGUGUAUCGUGUUUACUGUUGUUAUUUUGGAAACACUUGUACUUAUUUAUCUUGGAAAAUAGUUACAGAACUAUCCAUAAUUGUGAUUAAGUUGCAAAGUUUCCUUUCUGCAAAAGAGCAGUACUUUGAAUGAGAAGGGAUGGGCGAUAAGCGCAAGAGUGUACUGACUGGAAUAUUAAUUUAUGCUAAUUCUUUCAAAAAAGGGUGUCACAUACCUCAUUUUUACUCCUUCUGUGCACUUUAUCUUUGUGAUGCUUUCCUUAGCUUUUCCUGCUUUGAGAUAUUCACUCUCAGUGGCAGAAAACCAAUACUGUUUGGAACUUCACUUCUAGAGCUGCAUCUCCCAGAAUCAAAACCUUCUUGUUCUAAAGGCAUGGCCCUCUCGCAUCUUAUUCUGCUACUGUAGAGGAAGUCUGUCGUGAAUCUCGGUAUAACUUUGUUACCUUAGCCUGGAAAACAGCCUAGGAAGCUAGGCCUCCUUCUAUCCCGAUAUUGAGCCAAGCCUGGCACCCUGGAUCCACAAAAAUCUUCCCUCUAUCACUUUGAGGACUGAUUAACAUAGGAAGCAAGAACUUGAUAGAAUUGGUUCUUUCCUGCUUUAUCAAAUAAAAUUGGUUCUUUCCUGAAGCAAAUCUUUUCCCUGCUGAUUUAAACUCUGAUACGAGAGCUGUUAUGCGAUGAAACUUUACCCAAGGUGAAAAACAUAUUCCAUUGAAAAGUUGUGCAAUCAAUAAUGCUAUCUGGGAGUGAAUGUGGAGUCUCCGGUGAUUGUCAUAGAAGUGCAAAUGUUAAGAUAAAUAUGUGACCAUAUUAAAUUGGACAGAUCAGAAAUAAUCACAUGUGAAAUGGGUGCGAGUAACAUAUGGAGAGAAGGUUGCAUAGAGGCGAGCGCCAAAACGCUAGCACAAACUGCUCCCACAGACACGCAUGAUAAGGGGGUGUGGGGACAACCAGGCCACCACUUUUACCAGAUAUGGGUCCGGACGACCCAAGAGCCCGCCACUAGAACCCCCUAAACCAAAGAGCGGGGCUAAGCGAGGGGCAUAGCGAUACAGUGUUCAUACUCGAUCAGCCUGCUUUGCAAGCAAAUAUAUAGCCCCAGGAGCAUGCAUAUACUGGCUUACCAACCCCACAGCAUAGGUAAUGUCAGGUCUAGUGAUAGUAAGAUAUCUAAGUUUUCCCACAAGC